AUAUAGUUGUAGCUACGUAGUUACGAAAAAAAAUAUCAGUAAUUCUGAGCCACCCUGUAAAUUGAAAAGAAAUAAAUUGACUCGUUGAAUUGCGAAAUUGUUACUUUUGCGAUGUAAAUGCAUUUUCAUAUACAGUAUAUAUCAUUUGGAGAGAAUAGUGAAAAAAAAUCAAUCGCCUAAUAUACGUGUAACAUAGAGCGACACCUUUAGUCAUUUUAUUUGACAACUGAACUGAAGGGGCACAUUGGAUUGUUUAUGUUGUGUUUUUUGAUUUGUCAACACACAUGUGUAGUGUAUACAUAUUAGUUGCGCCCAAAUGAAAAAUUAUAUCAUCGACCGAAAAUAGUUCAAAUUUGACAUUUGAUGGCACAGUAGCCUUAGCUCUAAUUUUUGCUGCGACACAUUUCUGUUGUCAAAUGUGAAAUGUUUCCUUUUUAUCGUUAUUGUACCAAACCGAAAAAUGUGAUUUAAAUCUAUGACAUCAAACAUUUUUUUUUGUAUUGUAUUUAUAUUAUAUGUUUGAAUAAAAAAGAAAGAAGAAAAAAGAAAAAAAUUGUAAAAAGUUCGAUUGUUUGCCGGAAUAAAAGAUGAGUACACGACCGAGUCCAGCUUAUAAACGUGCCACCGAUAGUUUCUAUCAGAUUUGGGGCAACAUCAAACAAAAUGUAUCGCAACAAUCACAACUAAAAGCGGCCAUCUACAAUUUGGUCAUCGCUUUGGUUGUUGCAUCUGUUGUUGCGGCAUGUUUGGUACUUGGACCAUUUCUCCGACCACUGUUAUGGGCUUUGCUAGUGGGUGCUGUGCUGUUUCCAUUCAAGUAUACGUUGUCGUCAUCGCUGAAAUGUUGGUUUGAUCGGCUUGAGCAAGAGAAUACACACCUGCUCGUCGGUAUCAUGCUGGUUCCAUUGGAAUCGCUCGAAUCAUUCGGUCAAUAUUUAUGGUCAUCGAUCGUUAAGCACAUGCAUUUGUUGAUUGGUGGCUGUAUUGGUUUGACAUUUUUGAGACUGUUCAUUGCAUACGCACCAAAGGGAAUUUUUUGCGUUUUAUGGCGACACAUCAGAUGGUGGCAUGAAUUGUGCAGUAGUUUUCUAAGUUCACUUGACUGUAAAAUUGUGAUUGCAAUUGUAAUCGGGUAUUUCUUGAUUGUGAUGAUUUACUGGACAAAAUCAAAGUCAUUCUACUUUGUUUUGGCUGGCCAAAGUAUAUGGUUCAUGUUACUUGCAUACGUUUGUAGUUUUCUGGGUGCAUUACAAGUGCCAGCACUCAUUAUCGCCUUAACGUAUUCGGCUGUUGGCUUUGUGUACAACAUGAAAUACAGCGAUGAAACAAAUGAUAGCACCAUUUCUGAAACGAAAAAUCAAUCGAUGUUCGAAAAAUGUGCACACUUUUGGGAAUCACCAAUUAUCAAAUCAACACCAAAUCGUCAACAAACAACGGUCACAGGUCAAUCAUCAGUUAUUCAAUCAGUUUCAUCACCAUUUGCUCCCAACGAUGUUGUCGAUCCAACUGUUGUGCUAAAAAAUAAGCUUGAACUGAAUCUUAAAACGGCCGGUGCAAAAGCAUCUACGGCUGACCAAGACAAUCAAGCAAAUAAAUCCCAAAGUGCCAUUUAUUUUAAAGCGCUAUUUUUUGCCUGUUUAGUUACCAUUUUGUACAAGCAACUUGUCGUGUUGGCUUUAAGUUUCAUUCCGAUUUUAUUAUACUUUGCAAAAAAUAUAAUUGUGACCUUUGGAAUCAAAGAGCAUUUGGGCACAACAAUUGCCGAUUUAUAUGCUAAUGUCCAAGAUUGGAUUUACCAAAGACAGUCGGCAAUAUUACCAUUGUGUUUACCAGGCAUAAUUAAGCUAAAUAAAAAAGUGCAUACUUAUGUUCGUGUGACAUUCAGAGACUCGAUCGAUACCGCAUCAUCAAUACUUGUGAUAAUUUUGUUGAUAUUAUUACUGAUCUUUGCCAGUGUAUUUUGUGCCGUUGAAAUCUAUUCGGAAACAAUAACCGUUGUUCAACUUGGCAGCGAUGUUGUUAAUUACACCAUAAAUCAUCGUCCAGAACUGAUGGGCAUGUUUCCAGAGGGAAUGAUCGAUUCGUUGGACAAUGUAAUUGAAAAUGCUUAUGAAUAUGGACGAAAGGGUAUUGAAACAUAUGUUGAUCAAUUCCUCAAAGAUGCUGAUCAAGAGCAACGUCGUAAGCUAAAGCAACAGAUUCUUGUCAUUUGGGACCGAAUCAUACAGUAUUGGAUGGAUAAAAAGACAGAUAAAUCGCAUGGACCCAUUACAGAUACCGUCGCAAUUACAGACUCAAUUGGCGAAAUCGUCUAUAACGAAGAACUCUUUUCAGCUGCACAACAAGGAUUGAUCAGUUUGAUAAAAACAAAUAUCGGCACAUUGCUCGAAGUGACCGAUUCCAUUUGGUUGAUUGUCAAACAAAAUAUUAACGUUCUGCUGACAAUAGUCGGUUCAUUGUUUUCAUUGCUAUUGGGCGGCGGAAAUGCUGUUAUCACCUUUUUAAUUAAUUCUAUCAUUUUCUUGACGGCACUUUUCUAUUUGCUCAGUAAUAGCGAUGAAAAAUACUAUCCGUUGGCUGCAACAAAUUAUUUAGGUUUUGCGUCUGGGCCACGAAUUGCCGAAGCCAUUGAGACAUCAGUUUCCAGUGUUUUGAUUGCAAGUGCGAAAUUGGCACUAUUUCAUGGGCUGUUCAUGUGGCUGACACAUACAAUAUUUGGUGCUCGCGUUGUCUUUUUGCCGGCAGCAUUUGCUGCGAUGUUGGCAGCUGUUCCAUUUUUGGGCACAUAUUGGCUUAGUUUACCAGCCUUUUUAGAUCUUUGGUUGAUUCAAGAUCGAUUUGUACUUGGUAUCAUACUCGUCCUUAUUCAUGUCAUAUUCCCGACAACAUUUGUUGAUCCAGCUAUUUAUGCAGAUGUCAGCGGUGGAGGUCAUGCUUACUUAACGGGUCUAUCGAUAGCUGGUGGCAUGUUCUUACUUGGAUGGGAAGGUGCAAUAUUUGGUCCAAUCUUACUUUGCCUAGUCGUGGUUAUAUUCAACCUUAUGACCAAUGCACUUAAGGACACACCGUCCACACCAAAUCCACGAAAUCAAAACAAUGAAUUCCGCGCCGCGAACCGUCGAUAUUCGACAUUUGAUAUGAAUUAAAUUGAUCUCGAGUUCAAACGAUGCAUACCAAAAAAUAUAUA